AUGGUUGGAAAACGUGUUGAAAAUAUUGAAGAAAUUAGAGCUUACAUAAAAGUUCGCACAAAAUUCGGUCAUUCGGUAAAGCAGAUUUUUACUAAAUUGGGGGAAGUUUACGGGUCCCAUAACGUAUCUUAUGAGACAGUUCGUAGGUGGAGAAAGAAAUUUCAUAGUGGCUCAGAGUCUGUUAAAGAUGCUACAAAAUCAGAACGACCGGUGACUGCAACAGUCAAGACCAAUGUCUCAAAAGUUAGGGAAAUAAUUGAAAAAGAUGGCAGAUAUACGAUUCGCGAUAUUGCAAAAGCUGUUGGCAUAUCACUAUCGAGAGUACAUUUCAUUCUGAAGCGUAUUUUGAAAGUACGAAAGAUUUCUGCCAGAUGGAUACCUCAUCGUUUGACAGAUGAACAAAAAAGGGUACGCGUACAAACGGCCAAACAAUUGCUCAAAACGUUUCCAAAGUUCAACCAAAGGCAAUUUGCAAACACUGUUACUGGUGACGAGACAUGGGUGCACUAUUUCGAACCAGUUAGGAAAAUUGGAAACAAACACGGUAGACGGCCUGUAGUUGCCAAAAGGACAAUGAGCACAAAAAAGGUUCUCUAUGCUAUAUUCUUCUCAUGUGACGGUAUAGCCAUACAAGGGCAAAAGUGUCACUGGUCGGUAUUACCGUGA